AUGGAUGCUUUAUCAAAGAAGACUGAAAAUUCACCAAAGAAAAGAGAUGGGUUUCAAUCUUCUCUCACAAACUCGAGUGCAGAGUCUAGAGAAACCAGUUUCAGUGGAUCGAACUCCUCUGUCUCUAUUGAAGAAGCAAAAGCAAAAGGGUCUUCUUCGCCUUCUCCUCUUGGCUGGCCUAUUCUCAAGGCUACAGUCUCCAAUCGCUUAAAUUCUGAUGAAAAAGAAAAUAAACAUAAAUCUCACUUAGAAGAUUCAAAAUUUACCAGUAUCGAUUUCAAAAUGUCAGAAGCUGAUAUGAUGAAGGAAAGGUUUGCAAAAUUGUUGCUUGGUGAAGAUAUGUCAGGUUCUGGAAAAGGGGUUUCCACUGCUUUGGCCAUCUCAAAUGCCAUUACUAAUCUGUGUGCCACGGCAUUUGGGCAAUUAUGGAGACUAGAACCUCUACCUUCUGAGAAGAAAGCAAUGUGGCAUAGAGAGAUGGAAUGGCUUGUUAGUGUUAGUGAUCACAUUGUUGAAUUAAAACCUUCUUGGCAAACAUUUCCUGAUGGAAGUAAGCUCGAGGUAAUGACUUGCAGGCCCAGGACAGAUAUUUUUAUCAAUCUUCCAGCUCUUCGCAAACUUGACAACAUGCUUCUCGAGAUUUUAGAUAGUUUCACCACUACAGAGUUUUGGUACGUUGACCAAGGAAUUGUAGCCCCAGAUGCAGAUGGUUCAGCCUCUUUUCGCAAAACAAUUCAGAGGCAAGAAGAAAAGUGGUGGCUUCCCGUACCUCGUGUGCCCCCUGCAGGUCUCAGUGAGAACUCAAGAAAGCAGUUGAAUCACUCUAGAGAGUGUGCAAACCAAAUACUAAAAGCAGCCAUGUCUAUCAACAGCAUUGCUUUGGCUGAAAUGGAAGUUCCCGAAUCAUAUUUGGAAGUCCUGCCUAAGAAUGGAAGAACUUGCUUGGGGGAUUUUGUGUACCGUUACAUCACAUCAGAUCAAUUCUCCCCGGAGUGUCUACUUGACUGCUUAGACCUCUCCUCUGAACAUGUUGCACUAGAGAUUGCUAACCGUGUGGAAGCAGCAAUUUAUGUUUGGCGUAGAAGAGCUCACUCCAGACCCUCACCUAAUCCCAACCGUUCAACAACAAAGUCAUCCUGGGAGAUAGUUAAGGACUUUAUGGUUGAUGGAGAUAAGAGAGAACUACUAGCUGAAAGAGCUGAAAACAUUCUAAUUUCCUUGAAGCAGCGUUUCCCAGGCUUAACUCAAACUACACUGGAUACCAGCAAGAUCCAGUGCAACAAGGAUGUUGGAAAAUCAGUACUGGAGAGCUACUCAAGAGUUUUGGAGAGCAUGGCUUUUAAUAUUGUGGCCCGUAUUGAUGAUUUGCUAUAUGUGGAUGACUUGACUAAACAUUCAGAGAAAUUUGCAUUGGUUUCAACUGUUAACAUGGUUUCUCAGCAAAAGGUUUCACGUCCAUUCUCAGUGUCUGUCUCAGGCACACCACACAAAGCAGCAGUUUCACCUGUGCCACUAAUUAGUCCUGCAAGAGUGGAGAGAACUCCUUUCCUCAACAACAAUAACAACUGCAUUAAACCUCCUCGUCGUGGGUUUGGGGUGAGAAGAGUGUUGUCAAAUUAUCUUGGAGUAGAGACAAAAACAAAGGUAUGUAGCAAUUCAACUGAGGUUAAUUGUUCAAACACAAAUGGCAAGAAAACAGAACACCCAGAACAACGUCAGAAGGAAUCUUGUGCCCUGAAAAACAAGACAAAAUGA